AUGAUGCUCAGGUUUUUGAAGGCUAGAAAGUUUGAUCUAGAGAAAACCAAACAAAUGUGGUCUGACAUGCUCCGAUGGAGGAAGGAGUUUGGUGCUGACACAGUUAUGGAGGAAUUUGAAUUCAAGGAAAUAGAUGAAGUGUUGAAAUACUACCCUCAAGGUCACCACGGAGUAGACAAAGAAGGAAGACCUGUGUACAUAGAGAGGCUAGGCCAAGUAGAUUCUACAAAGUUGAUGCAAGUCACAACUAUGGAUAGAUAUGUUAACUACCAUGUGAUGGAGUUUGAGAGGACUUUCAAUGUUAAGUUCCCAGCAUGCUCCAUCGCAGCUAAGAAGCACAUUGAUCAAAGUACCACUAUUCUUGAUGUCCAAGGAGUGGGGCUCAAAAACUUCAACAAGUCAGCUAGGGAUUUGGUUACUCGUCUUCAAAAGGUCGAUGGAGACAACUAUCCAGAGAGCUUGAACAGGAUGUUUAUCAUCAAUGCUGGCUCAGGAUUCAGGAUGUUGUGGAGCACUGUUAAGUCCUUUCUUGACCCAAAGACUACUGCAAAGAUUAAUGUUCUUGGCAACAAGUACCAAAGCAAGUUGCUUGAAAUAAUUGAUGCUAGUGAGCUACCUGAGUUUCUGGGAGGUUCUUGCACCUGUGCUGACAAUGGUGGCUGCAUGCGAUCAGACAAAGGGCCAUGGAACAAUCCAGAUAUCAUGAAGGUGAGUGAUCCCUUCUUCUGUUUUUCUAUAGCGACAAGAACAUUCUCUAUGAGAGCCUCUAGCUGA